AUGUCCAAGAUGCCGGCCAAGAAGAAGAGCUGCUUCCAGAUCACCAGUGUCACCACGGCCCAGGUGGCCACUAGCAUCACCGAGGACACCGAAAGCCUGGACGACCCGGAUGAGUCACGCACAGAGGACGUUUCUUCCGAGAUAUUCGACGUUUCUCGGGCCACAGAUUACGGCCCCGAGGAGGUCUGCGAGCGCAGCUCCUCUGAAGAGACGCUCAACAAUGUUGGGGAUGCGGAGACUCCCGGGACAGUCUCCCCCAACCUCCUCCUGGACGGACAGCUGGCGGCCGCGACAGCCGCUCCGGCCAACGGAGGAGGAGCCGUUUCGGCCCGGAGCGUGGCCGGGGUGCUGCCCAGCACCGUGUCGCCGGCCGCCACCUCAGUCCCCUCCUCAGGGGCCCCCGGCGCUCCCCCGGUUACGGGCCCGUCCGCCACACCAGGAACUGCCGCCUCAUCACAGCCCCCCACCACUUGUAGUUCGCGAUUUCGCGUGAUCAAGCUGGACCACGGCAGCGGGGAGCCUUACAGACGCGGCCGAUGGACGUGCAUGGAAUACUAUGAGCGGGAUUCCGAUAGCAGCGUCCUGACCCGGUCCGGGGAUUGCAUUAGGCACAGCAAUACUUUUGACCAGACUGCGGAGCGGGACAGCGGCCUGGGCGCCACCGGAGGGUCGGUGGUGGUGGUAGUGGCCUCCAUGCCGGGCGCGCACGGGCCCGACUCGGGAACUGACAGCUCCCUGACUGCUGUGUCACAGCUACCCCCGUCGGAGAAAAUGAGCCAACCCGCCCCGGCCCCGCCGCAGAGUUUUGGCGUUGGGCAGUCGCAGCCGCCGCCUCCGCCCGUAGGUGGGGCUGUGGCUCCAAGCUCGGCUUCGUUGCCGCUGUUCCCGGGAGCCGCGGCCGGGCCGCCGCAGAGGUUGGCAGCCCCGCCGCCCAGCCAGGCCCAGGGCGCCGGGCCCCCGGGGCCCAACGGACAGGGCCUGCCGCUGACGAAUGUAACCCUGGCGCAGCCCGGCCUGGCCGUGGGCGCUGCCACCGCGCCCCCGCCCCAGCAGUUCGCGUAUCCUCAGCCUCCGAUGCCGCCGGGCCAUCUGCUGCCCGUCCCGCCCGCAGGCCAGAGUGAGUACCUGCAGCCGCACGUGGCCGGCCUGCAGCCGCCCAGCCCUGCGCAGCCCUCUUCCGCGGGCGCAGCAGUGGGUCUCCCCGCGGGCACCGGCCAGAAUGCCGCCUCUGCUGGCGCGCAGAUAAUGGGCGCCCCCUCCUUGCCCGGAGAAGCGGUGGCCCCUGGGCCGGGCCCCGCGCCCGCAGGACCGGCCGCGCCGGGUCAGCCGGCCGGAGUGCCCCCGGCUGCAGUGGGAGGCACGGCGCCGUCGGGCCUGGUUCCCGCUGGGGUCGGGCAGCCGCAGGCCGCGCCUCCGCCGCAGAUUGGUGGCAGCGGCGCGCCGUCGGUCGUGCCCGGCGGCCCUCUCGCCGUGGUGCCCGGAGUUGCCAACGUGCCUGCAGCCGCGCCCGCUCCCAGCGUGCCUAGUGUGUCGACCACUUCUGUUACUAUGCCAAAUGUCCCCGCGCCCCUGGGCCAGGCGCCGCAGCUCUGCAACCAGCCUCCGGUCAGCAGGAGCGGCAGCAGCGUCCAGCACGUGGGGCUGCCCUUAGCGCCCGGCACAGCCGGUGCCCCGACCAGUCUACCGCAGUCUGACCUGAGCCAGUUUCAGACUCAGACCCAGCCUUUAGUCGGGCAAGUUGACGAUACUAGAAGAAAAUCAGAACCCCUACCUCAACCACCACUUUCUCUCAUUGCUGAAAAUAAGCCUGUUGUGAAGCCUCCUGUUGCAGAUGCCCUGGCAAACCCCCUUCAGUUAACACCUAUGAACAGUCUCGCCACCUCUGUAUUCAGCAUAGCUAUUCCUGUUGAUGGUGAUGAAGACAGGAAUCCUUCAACUGCUUUCUACCAAGCGUUCCAUUUGAACACGGUUCAGGAAUCAAAGAACCUCUGGGAUAGUGCAUCUGGGGGAGGUGGUGUAGCCAUCGACAACAAAAUAGAACAAGCAAUGGAUCUGGUGAAAAGCCAUUUGAUGUAUGCAGUAAGAGAAGAAGUGGAAGUUCUAAAGGAACAAAUAAAAGAAUUAGUUGAAAGAAACUCUUUACUUGAACGAGAAAAUGCACUGUUAAAAUCUCUUUCAAACAAUGAUCAACUGUCCCAGCUCCCAGCCCAACAGGCCAACCCUGGCAGCACUUCGCAGCCGCAAGCAGUGAUGGCGCAGCCUCCUCAGCCGGCGCAGCCUCCGCAGCAGCCGAAUGUCUCCUCCGCCUAA